GCGGAGAUCGCGCGGAUGGCCGACUCUUUCGGAGGAGGAGAAAUACAGAGGGACACGACACGUACAGACAACCCUUUAGCCCAUUAUUUGACCGCCUUACGUGGCUUCUUCCAUGAUGCUUCUGUUCGGUCUCUGCGUAACGGUCUCUCCUACGCAUCUGCGUCACCCCCUUUCUCUCUCUCUUACACACAUACAUACACAGCGGGCAGCCAAGCUCGCACAACGGCUCAAGCUUCUUCGGUAUCUGAGUAUUCUGCAAUUAUUGUAGGCGAAUAUCGGCACCGUUUUGGGAAAGAAUUUGACCGGACCAUGGAUGAUUUGUCAAUGAAGAAGUGCGUGCCGUGCGAUACCAAAGAACUUAGGCCAAUGACAGGGGAAGCAGCAAAGAUUUUGAUUCAACAGGUUCCUGGAUGGAAUCUCUUGAAUGAAGGUGGUUUCCAGAAAUUGCAUCGGUCAUGGAAAGUUAAGACAUUUGUGAAGGGAAUGGAAUUUCUUCGGCUGGUAGCUGACAUUUCUGAAGCAGAGGGUCAUCACCCAGAUCUUCACCUGGUUGAAUGGAACAAUAUAAAGAUUGAUAUAUGGACUCACGCAGUGGGUGGACUCACCGAGAACGAUUUCAUACUUGCUGCCAAGAUAAAUGGACUCAAUCUUCACCACCUUCUGAGGAUAACACCUACUAACGACUGACCAGCCUUAAUUUAAACGGCUCUCUCAUAUAGUACUAUAUAUACAAUAUAAACUCAUCCGCUACCUAGCUAGCUAGCUUCUGGACUGAAACUUGUGGAUAGACGACGCCUGGCUGGCUUUCCUUCUUACAACCUGCAGAUUGCAGUUAGUUGCUGGCCCUGGCCCCGAUCAAUUAAUUAUACAUUACCUACAACAUGUUUUUUGUGUUUUUUUGUUGUGUUGUGCUAUAUACCGUAUCUUAGUCUAUAUGUCAUGCAAAUGGCGCAGCUGAUCAUCUGAUGAAGUGCCUUUUAAGGUUCAACUUUAACUUCAUGGGAUGGGAUAUGGAUAUGGAUAUGGAUAUAGCGAGGUAGGUUUAGUAGUGCUGGCCUCUGCUUGACAUAUAUAUAAAUGUUUAACAGAUUCUGCUGCGUAUUCUUAUUCAAACCCACCCUUUUUGGUGUAUCAUUCUUUCUUUUUAAGAUUCAA